GUUUCUGCUUCGCCGUCAGGCUCGAGAAAGGAAAAAAGCUAAGGGUAGAGUCGGAGCAAAGGAGACAUGCAUCUUCCCAUUAAGAAACGCAGAGUCAGUGUGCGUGGAACUGCAGAAGAUGCUGAUAGUUCGAUGACCGAGCCGACAGGAACUCAUUCCGGUGGACCUGGUUCGCCUCCGACGGAAACUAAUAAUGGUGCACCUAAUUUGUCGACCGCACCGACCGGAAACUGCUACGAGGUGUUCCUGAGCUCUAGAGGCUCGGAUACUGGAAAAGGCUUCAUCGAUCGUCUCUACACCGGGCUCGUUGGUGUCGGAAUUUGUGCUUUCAGAGAUGACGACAACGAGCUCCUUCGCCAAGUCGAGGAGAUCGGCCCAGAUCUUUUGGCGGCCAUCAAGAACAGCAAGAUCCUGAUCCCCGUUCUCUCCGAGAAUUAUGGUUCGAGCAAACGGUGCCUCGACGAGCUGGUUCAAAUGAUGGAGUGCAAGAAUAAUGACACGGGGCAUGUAAUAUUGCCUAUAUUCUACAAAGUGGAACCGGCUCACGUGCGACAUCAAAUCGGGAGUUUUGGAGACGCAUUUCAUACGCAUGAGAGGCAUUCGGACCCAACGAUUUUGGAGAAGUGGAAGCAAGCACUCAAUGAAGUCGGUUCAUUGAAAGGAUGGGAAGCCAACGGGUAUGAAGGAGAAUUGGUGAAAUCGAUUAUCCGAAAAGUGUUGAGCGAGUUGAAGAAAAAGUUUGAGUUGGUUAAUCCUGAGAAUUUGGUCGGAAUUGAUAGUCACGUGGAGAAAGUUAUGGAAUUUGUAGAUAAUAAUUCUCGUGCCACCCUAUUUGUUGGCAUCCAUGGAAUAGAAGGCAUUGGUAAGACAACUCUUGCUAAAACCAUCUACAAGAAACUCUCCAAUCAAUUCGAGUAUCGUAGCUUCAUUGCUGAUAUCAGGGAAUCCUAUAAGCAUAAUGGCCUAGCGUACUUGCAGAAUCAGUUAAUCUCUGAUGUAUUGAAGCAAAAAAAUCAAGUUGAUAAUAAGGAUGAAGGGAUCGAGUUCAUCUCAUCCAAGUUUGGAACUAAGAAAGUCCUUAUUGUUCUUGAUGAUGUGGAUAAUGAUGAUCAGUUGAAGGCUUUGGCUGGAAAUCGUGAUUGGUUUUCUUCGGGAAGUAGGAUCAUCGUUACCACAAGAAACAAGAGUAUUCUUGUCAAUGCUUGGGUGGACUACAACUAUGAACAUGAAGAAAUGGAUGAGGAUAAAUCCUUGAUUCUGUUUAGUAGACAUGCAUUUCGAAGGGACUCUCCCCCAAGUGAAUUUGAGGACCUCACUCAUGAUGUUGUAUCCACCACCAGAGGGCUUCCCUUAAUUCUCGAGGUUUUAGGUUCAUUUUUGUGCGCAAAAGAGCCGACACUAUGGAGAAGUACGAUAAACAAGUUAAGAAAAGUCCCUCAUAAGAAAGUGCGAGACAAGCUAAAGAUUAGUUACGAAGCUUUAGAGUAUACACAAAAACAAAUAUUUUUGGAUAUUGCUUGUUUUUUCAUUGGCACUGACGAAAGAAUCGCAUCCUACAUGUGGGAUGCCUGUGACUUUUUCCCAGAGGAGGGAAUUGAAGUUUUGAGAUUUAUGUCAUUAAUAAAAGUUGGAGAUAAUCACGAGCUCAUAAUGCAUGACCAAUUGAGAGAUCUGGGUAGAGAAAUUGUCCGCGAGGAAAACAAGCUGGAGCCUCAGUACCGUAGCAGGUUAUGGGACUCGAAGGAAGUCUUGAAAGUGCUAAAGGGAAAUAAGGGAACAGAAAAGAUUAAGGCCAUUUAUCUUAGCAAAGGCAACUCAGAAGGAUCUGGCAAAACAGUUGGCCAAAGUGGCGAUUUCCCCACAGACGAGCAAUUCAAGAAUUUAACGAGUCUAAGGUUCCUUCACAUGAGUGGGGCACAUUUUAGGGGAGAUUUUAAGAACUCAAUUGAUGAGUUAAGAUGGCUUCGAUGGUGGAAUUGUCCCCUGACUUUUGAAGCAAACAAUUUUCAUGCAAAGGAAUUACUUGCACUCGAUUUAUCUGCAAGCAAGAUUUCACAAGAAUGGCGAGGAUGGAGUUCCAUCAUGAUGGCAAAGAAGCUAAAAUAUCUUGACCUUACAAAUUGUCAAUCUUUAGAAGGAACUUUCUUCCUCUCAGCUUUUAAGAUUUUAGAGGUGUUGAUCCUCCGAAAUUGUCGGAAACUGGAGCAAAUUGACUCUUCAAUUGGAGAGAUGAAGAGUCUGGUACGCUUGGACUUGACGGGGUGUUGGGGCCUCAAGGAGCUGCCAACGGAAGUGGAUAAAUUAGAAGCGCUGGAGCAACUCCUUCUAAAAAAUUGUCAAAACUUUUCUGUAUUACCAGACAACAUAGGGGAUUUGCAGAAUCUAGAAAUUCUAAACAUUAGUGGCACGCGGAUAAAAGAACUACCCAAUGGUAUUAGAAGGCUGAGAAAGCUCCGACAUUUAGAUGUUUCAUGGUGCAUAAAACCGGAAGAGGAAAUGUCAGAAUGCAUCCAUAAUCUUUCUUUCGAGCAAUUUUUUCUUUCUCAUGGUAGGGAGGAGUUCCCAUGGCUGUCGGAGGUCCAAUCACUGCCGGAGCUUCCUUCCAACUUGACAUAUUUGAGCGUCACUUGUCAAAGUCUCAGAUUGCCUUCACUUUCCCAUCUGACCCAUCUCAAGGAGCUACAUCUUCUUGAUUGCAAAUUUCUCGAGUGUAUCUUGGAGCUUCCGUCAACACUAUUGGAGCUUUCAGAAUGCUCCCAAUUGGUGGAUGUUGAAAAAUCAAAAUUACAGAAAUCCCUAAACACUCCCUUCAAGUUGGAAAUCUUGGCAAUAUGUGGCUGCAAGCUCAUGGAAACACUGGACGUUUCACUAUUUAGCCAUCUGAGAACAUUAUUUGCCCAGGAUUGCAAUAAUAUACUUGAAGUUCGAGGUCUUGACAAGUUAAAAUAUUUGGAAAGCUUGACCACCAUAAGGUGCGAUUCGAUUGAAAGGCUGGAUCUCUCUAAAUCCGAGGGUGUGAAGAAAUUACAUGUUGAAAAUUGCAAAAACUUAGUAGAUCUUCAAGGCCUUAAUAGGUUGGAGUUCUUGCAAGAGCUGCUCAUCUCUCAGUGCACUUCAAUUGAAAGGCUGGAUCUUCCAAAAUCCAUGGGCAUGAAGAAAUUAUAUGUUCAUUCUUGCAAAAACUUAGUUGAAAUUCAAGGUGUGGAGUCCUUAAAAGAGCUAUAUAUCUAUCAUUGUGCUUCAAUUGAAAUCCUUGACCUUUCAAAAUUCGAGGGUCUAAGGACAUUAUAUGCUGGAUGGUGCGGAAAAUUAGUCAAAGUUCAAAGCCUCGAUAGGUUGAAGUUCUUAGAAGUGCUAAGUAUCUUUAGGUGCGCUUCCAUUGAAAGGUUGGACCUUCUAAAAUCCGAGAGCAUUAAGAAAAUACAUGUUGAUGGAUGCAUAAAAUUAGUCGAAAUUCAAGGCCUCGAUAGGUUGGAGUUCUUGGAAGAGCUGGAUAUCUCUAGGUGUGGGUUAAUUGAGAGGUUGGAUCUUUCAAAAUUCAAGGGUCUGAAAAAAUUACGUGCUGAAUGGUGCAAAAAGUUAGUCGAAAUACAAGGCCUCAAUAGAUUGGAGUUCUUGGAAGAGCUAAGAAUCUCUGGGCACGCAUCAAUUGAAAAGCUGGAUCUUUCAAGAUCCAAGGGUCUAAAGAUAUUAUGUGCUCAGUGCUGCAAAAUAUUAGUUGAAAUUCAAGGCCUUAAUAGGAUGGAGUUCUUGAAAGUAUUGAAUAUCUCUGGUAGUUCUUCAAUUAAAAUGCUGGACCUUCCAAAAUCCGAGGGUUUAGAGAUAUUAGAUGCUAACAAUUGCAAAAACUUAAUCGAAAUUCAAGGUCUCUAUAGGUUGGAGUUUUUGGAGAAGUUGAGUAUCUUUAAUUGCGCAUUAAUGGAAAGGCUAGACCUUUCAAAAUCUGAGGGCCUGAAGAAAUUAUAUGUUGGAUGUUGCGAAAAAUUAGUCGAAAUUCAAUGCCUCAAUAGGUUGGAGUUCUUGAAAGUGUUGAUUAUCUCCGGGUGUGCUUCAAUUGAAAGAUUGGACCUUGCAAAAACCAAGGGUUUGGAGAUCUUAGAUGUUGAAAAUUGCAAUAAUUUGGUCGAAAUUCAAGGCCUUGAUAGGUUGGAGUUCUUGGAAGAGUUGAAUAUCUCUGGGUGCACUUUAAUUGAAAGGCUGAACCUUUCAAAAUCCGAGGGUCUGAAGACAUUAGAUGCUCAAAAUUGCAAAAGCUUAGUCGAAAUUCAAGGCCUUGAUAGGUUGGAGUUCUUGGAAGAGUUGAAUAUCUCUGGGUGUGCUUCAAUUAAAAGGUUGGACAUUUCAAAAUCCAAGGGUCUGAAAAUAUUAGAUGCUCAAAGUUGCAAAAAUAUAGUCGGAAUUCAAGGCCUUGAGAAGUUGGACUUCUUGAAAGAGCUGAAUAUCUCUGGAUGCAUUUCAAUUGAAAAGCUGGACCUUUCAAAAUCCGAGGGUCUAAAAAUAUUAAAUGCUCAAAAUUGCAAAAACUUAAUUGAAAUUCAAGGCCUUAAUAGAUUAGAGUCUUUGGAAGUUCGAAACAUCCCCUGGUGGACUUCCUUUGGAAGGCCUAGAGAGAUUCCCAUCCUGCACAACUUUUUAUGAUUGAGGAUUGUAAGCCCUUAGCAAAAUUUCCCAACUUGUCAAAUUUUCAUUGUUUUAUGAAAAUUGUUCCUAUUAAAUUGUCAUGAACUUUGGGAAAUCCCGGGCUUUGAGGAGUCGACAUCAUCAUCAUGUAUCAACUCGAUCAAUCUAGUUGUGCAAAAUUGCAAGAAAAAGACUGGGUUUCGAGGGCUCAAGAAGUUGGAGCAACUAGUGGUAUUGGACAAUUCUGGAUGAAAGUCGCUCAAAACAAUACCAGAAUUAUUUGGAACGCGACUUUAUCAAAAUUACGAAAGAAAGGCCGUUUGACUGGAUCAUGGAAGGAUAGAAUUUGGAGAAGACUACUGGGAUGAGUCAAAAUUGUUGAGAUAAUCCACAUUUCCUAACACAAGUGCAUGUAGCAGUUGGCUUGCAAUGGAUUUAUCGACUGUAGUUGGAAGUCUCGGAAUCAAAGUUUUGCGAGGUUUAAAAAUCAGUCCGCUCAUUUGGCAUCAGCUGAUAACGUGCACCAUUUCAGCAGGAUGGUAGCACUUAAAGGAAUGAA